GGCUGCUGGGGCUGGCGCUGCUGCUGGUCACCUCGGUGCCGGCCGGUCACCUCUCGCCGCCGGCUGGCCCCCUGGCCCUGCGGAGCAGUUUGGGUGGUCCUACUUUGUGCCAGCUGUCCCGGACUGAGUCGGAGCUCAGGUGCCGUGUCCCAGGAGGGAAGUUGUGCAAUGACAGAGGCACAUGUGAGUGUGGAGUCUGCAUCUGCCAAGUGACUGAGUCUGGCAAAUACUACGGUCCACUCUGUGAGUGCCAUGACUGGGUGUGCGAGACCUAUGAUGGGAAGAUCUGUGCUGGACAUGGAAAGUGUGACUGUGGGAAGUGCAAAUGUGAUGAAGGCUGGUAUGGUGAAGCCUGUCAGUAUCCAACUACUUGCAAUCUUACACGGAGAAAAAGCAAUGAAAUGUGCAAGAAUUCUCAAGAUAUCAUCUGUUCUGGUGCAGGCACGUGUCAGUGUGGCAGAUGUAAAUGUGCAAACUCAGAAGGAAAUGGACUGGUGUAUGGCAAAUUUUGUGAAUGUGAUGAUAGAGAAUGUGUAGAUGAUGAAACAGGAGAGAUUUGUACAGGCCAUGGAAAGUGUUACUGUGGAAACUGUUACUGUGAGGCUGGUUGGCAUGGAGAUAAAUGUGAAUUCCAGUGUGACAUCACCCCCUGGGAGAUCAAGAAAAGAUGCACAUCUCCAGAUGGCAAAAUCUGCAGCAACAGAGGCACAUGUGUAUGUGGGGAAUGCACAUGCCAUGAUGUAGACCCAACUGGUGACUGGGGAGAUAUUCAUGGAGAUACUUGUGAGUGUGAUGAAAGAAACUGCAAAGCAGUGUAUGACAGAUAUUCUGAUGACUUCUGUUCAGGUCAUGGACAGUGUAAUUGUGGAAGAUGUGACUGUAAAGAAGGAUGGACUGGGAAAAAGUGUGAGCAUCCACGUUCUUGUCCAUUGUCUGUUGAGGAAAGUGCUAAGAGAUGCCAAGGAAAUUCUAAUUUACUUUGCUCUGGAAGAGGGAGAUGUGAAUGCGGCCAAUGCACUUGUUUCCCUCCAGGAGACAACAGAGUUCAUGGCAAAAACUGUGAAUGUGAUGAUCGACAGUGUGAAAAUGCAGAAGGAGAUGUCUGUGGGGGCCAUGGCAUCUGCUCCUGCGGCCGAUGCAUUUGCCAGGAUGGGUGGUUUGGAAACUUGUGCCAGCACUCAAGGAAGUGCAACAUGACGGAGCAGGAGAGCAGAAGUCUCUGCGAGUCAGCGGAUGGCAUUUUAUGUUCGGGGAAGGGUUCCUGCCACUGUGGAAAGUGCAUCUGUUCUCCCCAGGAGUGGUACAUUUCAGGCGAUUUCUGUGAAUGCGAUGACAGAGACUGUGACAAACAUGACGGUCUCAUUUGCACAGGCAACGGUGUUUGUAGCUGUGGAAACUGUGAGUGCUGGGAAGGAUGGAAUGGAAAUGCUUGUGAAAUCUGGCUGGGGAGAGAAUACCCUUAAUGCAGGGUGUUAAAGACUGAGGAGGUUUUUUUGUUUGUUUUUCUUUAGGCUGCUAGAACAUUUAAUUUCAGAAGUGCUCAGUGUGUGGGUGUGGGUGUGCAUGUAAGCACACAUACAUGGUUUUAAAUACCUUAGAACACAUCUGAGGACCUGCUCUUUAAAGAAAUGCAUCAAAAAAACUAAAAAAGGGAGCAGGACAACCCCAGCUCUAGAGGGUGAAGUCAUAAAAUACCGGCCCUGUGGAACUCCUCCAGAGUUUUUUUUGUAAAUUCAGUGGAACUGAGAUUAUAUCUAUAAUGCUUGUUUCUUUAAGCAACCUUUGGAAAAAGCAUAAGAAAGCCUUUUUUGACAUUAUUUACUUGGUCAUCACCUCUCCUUAUCAAUCUUAACAAUACCGCUGUAGAGGAGUAACACUAGCUGAAUAUUUGUCAAAUAACUACUUUGAUUAAUUUUAUGGUGUUGGAAAAAUACAUUAUUUGACUUUUUUUCUUUCUAACAAUCCUGAUUAAGCACCAGCUCAUAAAUUGAAAGAAGCUGUAAAGAAGCCUAUAAAAACAUUAGUGAUUUUUUGUUUGGUAAAAUAAUUAUCUGAGAUCCAAUUACAAGACACCCAUAAACUGAAGACCUGAAAUGUUUGAACAGACCCUUUUCCACAAAAAAACUUAGUUUCUGUGGUUAAUGUGUCAGUAAGUUGGUUAUCUAAUCCACAUACUACAAUACUUUCAAGUACAUAACCUAUGGGAACAUAAGGAAGGAAACUAAUAAAGAUAUAAAUGUAUGAUUGCCUAUUCUGAAUAUGUAUUCUGCAACUCAUAUAUACUUCUAUCAUACUGUUCUGUGUAGUACAGUUGCCUCUUAAAAGUAAAGUAAAUGAAAAUUUGUUAUAUUGAAAAUGAAAAUAUGUCACUUUCAGGAUGAAAAUUCUGUCUACUAUUUGAAAUCAAUGUUUAGAACAGAUUACACUGUCACACAUGGUAUUCAUUGAAUUUAACUGCUUUUAUGGAAGUGGGAAACCUGAAGGUCAACUGACUUGAAAAAUUGUCUAUGCUAUGCAGCAGCUUGGUCUCAGCCAAAGACAUUUGGACAAUGUCAACAAAGUAAUUAAAGUUUUAAUACAGUAAAUACAAGUAAAGCAGUGGUAUGAACAAAAAUUUUAUUUUUAUUUUCCAAUGGUGAAAUGCUGCUCAGUGUGAAAUUCACAUUGAGUAAUGAAUGAUGCACAACUAUUGGGACUUCCCUAACUUAUUUACAUAUGAGUCUCUUAAUUUUUUGUACACAUAGAUUUGGCAGCCCUUGAAUUCUUUAGAACAAAAAGAAGAAAUACACAUUUUAGUUUCAAAAGUGUUUACAUUUUGUGAAAUCAUGGUUGAGUGAGAAAAUUGAUUAAAUGGCUGAAAAAUACUUCUUUUAGAUACCAAACUGUAACACUGGCAUUUAGGUGCCAAGGUCCUAAGAAGAGGUACAUGAUUCAGAAAUAAUGGAACUAUGUAUCAACCAAAUAAUGUAUUUCCAUUAUUUAUCUAGAAAUUAGUUUUCUUUUAGAAAGGACGGUUUUGAAAUAGGAAAAUACAAUGCUACAGAACACGUAACAGAAUGCAAAAUUUCAAAUUUAUUUAAUUGCCUUAUUAUUGCCCCUUCCCGUGUUGCUUGUUCUCUCACCCAGUUUUUUUUUAGUUAGCCUGUAUUAUUUCUUUCUAAAAAUGAAGCCUGUGAAACCCAUGUUCUCAGGGAGCAUAAUCACCAAACAUCCAAUUUAUAUAUAAGUUCUGCAGAUAGUAAUGAGACAUACAUCCUAAAGCUGUUACCUGCUCUCUUGUUAGAUAACCAAAAUAUCAGACGGAGUUCUAAAAGAUAUUGAUACAGUAUAAAGCAUCUUCAAAAUAAAAUCAUCUUGAAAUUUUCGUUUAUACUUUAUACUUGUAACCCUUAAACUCCAUGGAACUGAACAGAAAUAUUUUCUUAAGUUUCAGCAUAUAUGCAUUUUGCCAACCCUGGUGUCUGGAGAGCACAGAUUGUUGUUUUUAUUUAUAUUUACGAAUACAGCUGACCUGAAUCACCUUGUAAUCAGUGGGUUUUUUGCAUAUACAUUCACCUGCUGAAUCAGAGUGGAAACAGUGAAGGAUACAAAGUUUUCCUUUAUUUUCUUCCAUCUGUAUUUAGUACAGUAAUAAGAAAAUAUCAGAUAAUCAAAACUGUUAUCUGGUGUCAGUAGAUGCUUUUGGCUUGUUCAUGCCAUCAUUAGCAGAUUUAUAUAUACUGUAGACCAGUUGUGGUAUUUCAGGUACUCAUUCAUAUAUAAAAGAACAAUUCUUUAGCUGGUUGCAGUAUCGUAUUUGAUGCAUUUUACUUUGUAAUUUGCUUUAAUUUUAAAUUUAUAUACUUAAAGAAUGUAAGUUAAUUCUUAUUUCUAGUUUGUUUGGGUUUUUUUGAAAAAAAAACAAUCAACUCCAACAUUUUGACUACUGGACGGAUUACACAGCCACAGUAUUUCUGUUAUCCAAGUUGUUUUUUAUAUUACAUAUGGAAAAAAAAAUAGGAUAUCUACAACGGUUACUCUCUGUGUUUCAUUAAAAUGCAAUUAUCAAACAAAACGGUGCUAUUACUAUAAACCAUAAAGUAUUAACUAAGACUAUUAAAAAUGUAAUGUUCACAUUAAUUUUUUUCCAAUUUUUAUUUUGUGUCUUAUAACGUUGCUUGAACAUUUCCCCUCUUCAUGUUGAGGUAACUGGUGGUGUAACACCCAGCAGAUCUGUUUUGUGGCUGAUUUUCUCACUAAAAAAUGAGAUUGGAAGAAAUAAGAUUAUUAUUCCACAUAUGUGAAUAUAAUAGCUGUAAUAUCAAAUUGUUGUUUUACACCUCAUUCCGUAUGAUGGGAAUUCUAGAUACAUAAACUGUAACAGCAGGAAGAGGCAUAAGGAAGUGAAACUUACUGCUUGAUUCUUUACAGCUAGUGACCGUAAAAACUUUCUCCCAGGCCUGUGACAAAAGGCAAAAUCAAAUUGGAUAAAUGAGGAUUUUGUACUGAUUAAAUUAGUAAACCUUAUGAAAAAAAUAUUAUGUCCUUGCUUUCUUAUGAGAGAAAGAACACAAUCCAGAAGUGUGCUGAAUGCUUCUAUAAUAGACUUGCAGGAUAAUGGCUACUGUAUAUAACUUAUCUGUAAUAUCAGCUAUAAAACAGCUGUGGAUUGAUUUGCUUCUAUAAAUUAUUAACCUGCUUGUGACCCUUUUUUCAGUGGCCACACUCUCUUUUAGAAACACGCAGAUGAACAUUUAGUCAUGUACCUGCUCUCACUUUUCUGAUGCUUUGCCCAUUGCUUCUUAGCAGAAUGACAUCUCACUUUGUAGCUAAAGGAUACAGCUACAUGAUACUGGGAUGAAGAAAGCUCAGUUGAAUAUUUCUGUGACUAGGUAACAGAACAAAAAUUUUAUUACAUCUUUAAAAAUAAGUCAUAGCAUUUGCAUUAGUCAUCACCAAAACAACCCCUCUUAUUAAACGUUUUAGAAUGCAUUGCACAGAAUAUGAAUUUAUCUAAAGGGUCAUCUAAAAGAAAGAGAACCUUCUCAUUUAGUCUGAUUUUAUUUGCAUUCCCAUCUGAAUGGAGCUGAAUAAUUUCUUCUUUAUACCAAAAACAGAAGGAUCAGCGAGACAUACUUUUACUGCAUGGACCAAACUGAUUUCAUAUCUCAUUGCUUAAACUAGUAUUAAAUUAAGACAAAAAGUUUCCCUACAUAUAUAUAUAUAUAUAAAGCCAGAGUUCUUAGUGUUGUGUCAGGUAUAUGCCAUAGUCAAAGUGAAUGUCUUUACUUUAUGGGGGUGAGACGGUGGGGAGAGAGGGGAGAGGUUUAGUAAGAAUCAACAUGACUACACCAGUUAAAGUUUAUGAAAAUGACAAUAUAUUAAAAAAUCAUUUGAGAAUGGCUAAAACCCCCAACAAGUUAAGCAAAGGCUGUGUUAUGUGAACCACAAAGCACUUAAAAGGAGCUAGAGCCCUUUCUAUAGGCUCUAUCAUGUGAGCAAUCUCAUAAGGAUUCUUGUGUAUUUAUAAAAUUUUUGAAGUACAACAAAAUGGUGCUUUGUUGAAAUAGUUCAUAUCUACUUAAAACUGGAUUUCUGAAACCGCAGAUGUGAUUGAUUUUGCCAAACAGAACUGUAGCUGAAAUACAGAUUUAAAAAAAAAGGGAAGAGAUAAUGACUAUAUGCAGUGUUAACAUAUAAAAUGGUAAGAUGAGGUUAGAUUGCUGUGCAAACAGUCUCUCAGAGAUUAGAGAAAAACCAGAAGAAUAAAAUACAAAGCAAGCAUGCAAAAGAUCUGGAAGGCUGCAGAUUCACAGGCAGCUGCACAUGUAAGUACAAAACCCCCAGUCUAUAAAUACAAAUUUAUUCCAUCAGGUUUACUAUACAGUACUUUAGUAGUAACAGACAGUUGAAAACAGCUUUCACUUAAAAGCAAAAUUAAUUUUAGAGGGAAGAAAAUGGUGAACUCUUAUUCUGGAGAACAGCAAGAGAGGUAUUAUAUUAAGGAGCUAAAAUUUUCUUUGGCAUGGUAAAGGGGGAGAAUUGAGUUUGCCAACCUAUUUACAUGAAGUUUCACCAUCCUGUGGGCAGUGCAAUGAUGUUUUGCACAGUCUACUUUUUACAUAAACUUUUUUGUUGGUUUCAUAUAUGCCUUCAUAUAAGUGCUUUAUUCAUCAUUUUGAAUCUGUGUAUACAUCAAAUAAGAAUAAACAAACUGUACAAUGCAAACUCUUUGCAUAUAUGUUCGUAAAUUUAGUAAUACUGACCAACAGUUCUUUGACAGGUACAACCUACAACAUGCAGUUCAUCCUUGCCAUCCUCUUUCCAUGCAACAGAUGAGACAAGACGAAAUAAAAGGGAAGAAAGAAAGCACAAAGACAACUUUUUAUGUUUAAACAAAAUGUAAUAAUAAAAAAAAAUUAGGACAUCUAUUCAUUGGAUUAAACAUACAUAAGAAUUUAGCCCACAGCAACAAAACCAGAAAACAAUAAUUUAAAAAAAUGUUGUAUUUCCAGUAUGCACUAACAACUUGCAGAAAUUAAAUCUGGCCUUAAUUAUAGACUCCCAAAGUGGUUCACAGAUCAUAGUUACUCAGGAUCAAAAUAUUAGUGUUGAAAACAAUACUUAUGUAGGAUCAAGCCAUGAACCAGAACUUCCUCGCUUUGCUCAGCCAGUUUUCCAGCCCCGUCUCUCCUCAGGCUCUUACGCUGGGGAGUAAAAAGACAGCUGGAUGAGACAUGAACUUGUGUAUUCACUCCUCAUGAAUCAGGUGAGAGAGAAUGUAGCCUUCAGCUGUAUUGCCUUACUUGAAAUAUUGUGAAGUGCUCCUCUUAUAAUUGUUGGAAGGCCCGGGGCCAUCCCUGGGACCCAGCUGAUAGUACAGCAUCAUGGCUGCUGCCUCUCAUGAAUCCUACAGGUGGAGAGUAAGCCCCCAGCUCAUCAUGUGAGUUGCUUUGGUUUUGUUUUGUUUUCUCAAGGAUGGUGCAUAAAUCCCACUGGACCAGAUAGGAUUAGAAGGGUACACCAAAAUUUUUAAUAAAGUGGUGUUUUCCCCAUGCACACAUAUUUAGUGCUAGCAGACAAGGGCACAGUCUAAGUCCAAGUUUCUUUGCAUUUUUAUCACAGUUUUAGAUUAGGUUUGUUUUGUUUUUUUUUUUUUCCCCCUACAUGGAUAGAGGGCUUCAUGCUUAACUCAUUCCCUCCCUAGAAAGACCCAACAUCAAGCAUUAGCUUGCUGUUCUCAUAGCACAUAUACAAAAGGAAGUCUGACCUACAGAAAAAAAAAGUUUUAUCUAGAAUUUAGCAGCUUUACAGUAGCCUCCUUGAAGAGUGCACUAAAUGUUUCUUAUAAAAACAGAACACAUUUGAAAACUAGUAUGAAGAGUUCAUUCAGACUGAAUCAGUUGUUCAGCUGAGCAGACAGGGACUUUGAAAUAACCAGCAGCCUCUCUUAGGGACUUCAGCACAAAGACGUGGUAAAAUAAAUUGCCAGAAAUACAGUGCUAAAAAAGGAAUGGAUGGUUUCCAGCUUUUUUGUCUUUAAAUAUCAAGGUAACAGCAAGAGGCCACACAGUUUUCCAGACUGAGAUAGAGUUUGAUCUUUGCUGCCAUUUCUGAGAAAUAAAUUCCAUCUUAAGCAUUCAGAGAGUGCCCAUAUUUUUAAUCUCCUGAAAGCCGGUGACUAAGCAUGCAAAAACUUCAGUGGCACCUCUGUGGCAUUCUCUAAUUCUUCCCCCCCCAAGCCCACCUCACCCCAUAACAUUGGCUUAAUUGUUCACAAGGGAGAAACUCGAGGGGUUAAUGUUGUUUCUGGUAAUAUGAUCCAAGGCUUCAAUUUUAUAAUGUUUUUCAUUUCUUCUAGAUUGAUGUAGGAGAAAGUACAGUAUAUAGAGAUCAAGGCAAGGCACCUUCAAUCUAGCAAUUUGGUGGGCAUGUUAUCCUCAGAAGCUGGGUGGAGGUACAUACCGGAAUAUCAGUGAAAUACCUAGGACUGGACUUUGCAUGCUUAGCUAAAAACAAAAAUAAAGUUUUGUAAUAUGUCCAGUUUUAAAAUUUUUUU